UAAUUUCCUCCCCACCAACUUCUCGUCGUUCACCUAAAGGUAUCUUUAACAAGGCACUGUUUCCCAAACGAGCAAGCAAGCUAAAACCUCCCCCAGCGAACGUUAGAUGCCCUUCUCUGACUCCAAUCAAUGGUUCCUCUCAGUCUCACUUCACCUUCUGCUGCUUCCCUUUCAUUAACGCACGCGCCCUCCUUUGUACCCACACUUAAACCCAUAUACACAAGGUAUAACCAACUCAAAAAACUCAACAAGAGGAGGAGGGCGAGGAAUGGAAAGUGUAGGGCGGAGUUAUCUGCUGAUGCGCCGGUGGCUAUUGCUAUGGGCGCGUGUAUUCUGAGCUCGCUGAUUUUGCCAGCCACUCCUUUGCCGGAAGAUAGUGAAGGUGACUCGCUGAUUGACUCCGCCGACGCGAGGUUUGCUGUCAUGGGAAUCAUCAGUCUUAUACCUUAUUUCAAUUGGAUGAGUUGGGUGUUUGCGUGGAUGGAUACUGGAAAGCGGCGAUAUGCUGUUUAUGCUAUUGUAUAUUUGGCUCCUUACUUGAGGUCAAAUUUGUCGCUGUCCCCUGAAGAUAGCUGGUUGCCAAUUGGUAGCAUUCUCCUUUGCAUCAUUCAUAUCCAGCUAGAAGCUAGUAUAAAAAAUGGAGAUAUACAGGGGUUCCAAAUAUUUAAUGAGGCUGUGAAGCAUCUUUGGUCCAUCAAAGAAAAGAAGAAUCGAAUAAUCUAUGAGGAGGGGAAAGCGAGGGACCACCAAAAUUUGCCUUCUGCACAAGAACAAUCUAGGAAUGAGAUACAGAACUGGGGAUCACGUGCUCAAGAUCCCGAACUGCUGAAUCAAGAUGGAGAAACAGAUGGGGAAAGCAAGGAGUAGAUUAGUCAAUUUGCUGGUUCCAACUCAAUGCUAUGCAACAGAUGAGUACGAAUAUAUUCAUUGGAUUAGUCCUGGAGUUGCAAACGUAGCCUAUGAAAGAGCAGUUCGUCUUGAUCUUGAUUUUGAUGAUUAUGAGCUCAAAGAUCUGUUAUAACUGCCAUUUAUUUAUUCAGAAAAGUUAUAGACUAAGAACUUUAUGAUUGUGAAAUGUGACACUCUUGUAAGUUGGCCUUUAUUUUUAUUCUGUUCUUGCUGAAAAACACUAUAGGACUAUCUAUAAAGGUAAGAGGAGCCUUUUAUAAGUUAAUAAAAUGCUAUUUUAUUGAGCAA